AUGAGAAAUUUAAACUUUUUCCCAUCACUGGGCAGGGGGCAGCUGGGCUUUGUGGUCAGGCAAGUUAACAGUACAACGUGGUGGCAUGAGCAUCUUUCUGAAGAGAAUGUUGAGUUCCUCAAGAAGAUGACUGCAGAAGAGUACAAAGCUCAGACAGCCAGCAAGCUGUGCCCUCUGAAAGAUGAACCAUGGCCACUGAAUGAGUGGAAACCGGGUUCCGUCAGAGUUGGUGUUGUUGCAGUAAAAUUGGGAAUGAUGCCAAUAUGGACCAAGUCAGGAGAGAAACAUGCAGUCACGCUACUUAAGGUGCAAGAUUGCCAUGUUUUAAGGUACAUUUCAAAAGAAGAUUCAGGAGGAAAAUCAGCUAGGCUAGUUGUUGGAGGGAAAAAUGCAUCUCCUUUUUCGAAAUCAGAGUCUGAAAUGGAAAUUUUUAGAGAAGCUGGAGUACCACGCAAGCAAAAAAUUACAACAUUUAAUGUAACAGAUGAUGCCAUCAUUAAGCCAGGUACUCCUUUGUAUGCUGCUCACUUCCGCCCAGGACAGUUCGUGGAUGUUACUGCAAAAACAAUUGGUAAAGGAUUUCAAGGUGUCAUGAAAAGAUGGGGAUUUAAAGGCCAGCCUGCUAGCCACGGCCAGACUAAAACUCACAGACGUCCUGGAGCGAUAUCUACCAAUAAAGCUGCCAAAGUUUACCGUGGAAAGAAAAUGCCUGGUAAAAUGGGUAACAUUUACAGGACAUCUUUUGGAUUAAAGGUGUGGAGAAUUAACACAAAACAUGACAUUAUUUAUGUGAAUGGGUCUGUUCCAGGUCACAAAAAUUGCCUGGUGAAGGUGAAAGACACGAAAUUGCCUACUUAUAGAGACUGCAAUAAAAACCCUCCAUUCCCCACGUAUUUUGCUGAUGGAGAUGAAAAACUACCAGAAGACUUGUACGACAAGGAAAUUUUCCAGUUCACGGAUCCAUCUGUCACAUACGCGUAAUGUUCUUGACAAGUUUGAAAACACACAGUUUUAUGUUAUUUUCACAAACUUUGCAAUGCUGUAUAAGCGUAAACCUAUAAAUUGCAGUCUGGCCAAGUGACCUGAACGUUUUAGAUACUGCAGUUUUGGCCAAGUGAUAAGAUUUACCGCUGUCAAUUUCAAAUCUGUGUUUAAAGCAGCAGGUGAGUCUGAGGGACAAGUUGUAAAGCACAUCAAACACUGUCUUCAGUGAUCUUUUGUCCUUUGUCAUAGGCUGUGAAAACUUGCAGAUUUCUGGAAAAAACUGUUGUAUUGAAGAUGGUUCCAUUUCAUUUUCCGAAUGCUACAAAACUCUGCUUCUCUUCUGUGGAAAGUAUUCUGUCCAACUUUGCUCAGUCAAAAAUUUUUUUAAUCUGUGUUGGCAUCUGAAGGGAUAGAUAAAUCGGAUGCGACUCAGACUUUGUGAAGAAUAACCCAAAAUAAAAUAGGGAAAAAGCACUGAUUUGCAGCAGCAUGGGCUUGUUUUAUUUCUUUCUUUCCACCAGAGCUCUUUUUCUCCUUUUGCUUUAAUGUUGUGUUGAGUUUUAACGUUGCAGAUACCCAGCAAAUUUUCUAGAGGAAAGAUCAUGCCAACUGCUGUUUGUCUCUUCAGAGAGUGCUGGCAGUGUAUAUGGUGAGGGGGUGUUCAGAUUGGAAAUGUUCGAUAACAAAGAAGCACCAAGACUGUUUUGGCCACCUGUUUGUUGCCUUUGCUAGCAGCUUGUUCUGAACUUCGCAGAGGAUCCCUCACUUGCUUUCUGGAGAAAUAUCUAUCUAUAGUUGUCUCUGUAUGGGAUUUUUAUGCUGUUACAGGAGAGCUCUUUUAAAGGGAGGAGGCUAAAUGUGAAGUAUUCUACUUCAUGCUAAUACCUCUUUUUUUCCUUCUACUCCACCUUUUAAUAAUAGUUGGAAUAUGUAUAUUCCCUUUAUUUUCAUCUUAUGUGAUUUGCUGUUCAAAAGUCUAAUCUUUUGCAUACUGUACAUCCUUUUACAAACAGAAUCAGGUGCCUGUGUGACUGCCAGCGUGCCAUCUGCAGUAGUUCAAGCAAGGAAUUUGCAUAUCCUCAGUCACUCUUGAUACAGUGUUGUCUACUUGUCUUUGCCGCCCCGUCACAAGACAUCAAAUAUCUAAAAUCAAUAAGAGGUUCUGAGGUGCUUACUAAUACUACCUAAUUUAAAAGUGAUGUCCUUGUGCUUAUCACGGUGUGUCUCAGUCACUGAAGAUGUUUUGAAUUUUUUGUAAUAGCUUGAAGAAACCCCAAGCCUUCUUAAAGCUGCCAUCUAUAGCUGCUGAUUUGUAAUAGGUUAGGAGAGAUCAUUAGAGAACAUGUUAUGGAAAUAUGAACCGUUAAAUAUCUAUGUUAUAGGGCACCCUGCAAGCUGGACUCAGACAAAUUAAAAAUGUGAUUUAAAUGAGCGUAGCAGAAUGCUGAACAACAACAGCACAGUAUCAUAUUUUGGCCAUGUUACUGCUAAUCAGUGCAGCUUGUCACCUGUUCAGGAAAGCUGCCACUUCCUGAAGAGGUGUUUGGUGGUCAAUCUUCGGAUUGCACAAUAGACUUAAAAAGUUAUAACAUUUCAAGCUUACUUGCUACUGACUGCAUGCAAAUCAGGGUGUGCCUAAAUGCCUACCUUGCUGUGCUGCUCUGGGUUAUGGGAUAAUUUGACAUUUUCCCUGAAGAGACUGCUCCUUGCCUGCACGGAAACAAUAUCACGAGCACAAGAGAGGGAGCUCUGAGGUCACUGCUGCAGGAGCAAGAAGGCUGGUGGGAUGGGAGACAGUGGGCUUGUGCUGCUGCUGCUGCUGCUGGGGGAAGGUGUAUAAGUUAGGGAGCUGCUUGCUUGGGGCAAGAGCCAAAGCCUGUUAGUUCCUCUGUGGUAUGGUUUAACAAUUCUCCAGAAUUAUUAAAUUAUUACUAUUAAAUUGUUUUAAUUGCUUUGUUGUUAAAUUUUUUUGUUGACUUAAAUGAGAGUCCAGGAUCUUUAUCAAUUAGGAGGUCAUUACACAGAGAUGCGCUUUCUCCUACUUGGCUUCUCACCCAGAAGUUCUUGGAUUGCGGGUAUCUCUCCUAUAGUUUGUUGUAUUUUGGGUUUGCUUUUAGUGGAUGCCUUGUAAAACACCAAGAAUCAAAUAGGAGCUCAAAGGGAGCCACAGGUUUAAAAAAAUAAAUGCAAAUUAACUCUGUUUCAAAUGAUAUUUCAGCUUGAGAGGAAAACUGACAACCUAGUUCAAUUCCUGUUUCUGGAGUAAGAAAAGAACUUUCCCCUUUUUGGUGUGAAGUGAGAUUUCUAUUAACGUUAUUAUUAAUAUUAAUCUGUUAACAUUAUUACUUAACUUCAGUGUCCAGGGAAGGGAUUAGAAAUUAAGUCAGUUCUCCUGAACAAAAAACUCCAGAUCUGUGUGAUGGAAAAGGUUGAGUUUGAAGGACUGUUGAAGCAAUUUAGCUCAUCUGAGGUGAAAAGGGAAAUGACAUUUUAAAAAAGCCUUUUUUUAAAAACUCUCCAAGGAAAAGUUAUCCUUUGAAAGCUUUUGACUAACUUUAAGUCUGUGCAAAAGAAACCUCCAACUAUCUAUUGCAUAACCAGCACCUUUACUUCACACUACUACAGCUGAUUGCUGUAAAAGUAGAAUAUAUUCAUAUAGAAACUGCCCUAUGCAGAUGUACUGUAUUAAUAUUAACUGCCAAAAAAAUUCCACUAAAUGGGGAAAAAAAAAAUUUCUUUCUGUUAUGUUUCCUUUAAUUUGUCUAGCUUUAAAAUUUCUAUUGCAGGGCCAUGCUAUCAGAGUAGUCCCUGUAGUUGUACUUUUGAAACACAUGCUGGAUGUGAGCCAUAUGACUUUUUUCCCCAUCUGAUUUUUUUUUCUUCUUACAACGUGGGUAUUGGUUUCAUUUUCCUUGUAGUGUACAGGUGAGAUAUCUUCUGUCUUUGGUUAUCAAGAAUUCUUGGAUACUAAGGAAGUGGAUUUUCAUAGCUCAAGGUGAAGAUUUGCAUCCUAAAGGUAAAUAUUUUCUGUUGAGGAGAUGCAGGGCGAGAUGAGUAAUAUCUGUAGGUGUGAGUUCACAAUAGUGCAACGUAGAUUAGCACAUACACAUUUAUUAGACCUGUUCUUCCAUCAGGCUUUGAAAGACUUGCAGUACUUCAUAUCUAGUUUUGUUUGCAUGCCUUGUCUCUCUUUCCUCUGCUCUUCUGACUAAUGGAGGGACUGCAAGAGAGGGACAGGCUGAGAUUAUUUCAAGGAGCAAAAUUCUUCAGGAGUGUAAUAACAGCACAUGAUUUAAGACCACCUCCAAGUUUGCUCUUGGAAAAUGCUAAAGAUGCUUGUAGAAGUAUUUUUUAGAUCCUAUCAAAAGUGUUAGAGUUCAGUAUUUAUUCUUUGCUCCCACAACAUGGCGGAAGGGGAUUGUGGCUUGUCAAAAUCAGAGGUGCUGAGACAAUGCCUAAAGUUUUUUAAAAAAAAAAAAAAAAAAAACUCAGCAGGCAAAAUCGGCAAAUACAAGUCCUCUUGUCUGAGGUGGGCCUACAGCUUCUUGUGUUAAGGGAUAUGGUCGUUUCUCUGAAAGGGUAAAACAAGGACUGCCCUGCAAGUAGGUAUCCAUCUUGUCUUGUUGCUGUACCUGAGUAUUGAAAUUUCAGAGCUGUCAAGGAACAUAGGUCCACGCAGCAACAAAAAGCCUUUAUUCCAUUUUACCUGUAGGUUGUUUAUUAAAGGAGGAGGAGCUGAACAUGUUAUUCGGGGUCUGAAUCCCAUAGGACAGCAUCCUACCUAAUGCUCUUGUCUGUUUUUUAUAUCUAAGGAAGUUGUUGAUAGCUCUGCUAUCAGUGGCAAAGCUUUUGAAGGAGUUGGGUCUGCUGUGAACUGUGUACCUGUUUCAGUGCAGAGAGAAAACAAAGUAUUGCUCUCCUCUGGGAGUAAACAAUACUUCAAAAUUGUGCCUGUCUGCUCAGCCAGCCCCUUGGCCUGGAAAAGGGUUUGUACUUUCCUUAGCAUGUGGCAUUUUGCCCUGUGAUGUUCAGAAGUCAUGAAGGAUCCAAGAAAAAGCAUGAGUGCUUUUAAAGCUGUGAGUGCAAGUAGGUUUAGUGUGUCCUCUGUUACCAUUUUAGCAGGAAACAUGUCAGGCGGCUCUUCUUGUCUUAUGUUCUCUGGCAAAACACUAACAUAGACCAGUGCAUCCCCUGGGAGUUAAGUGUCCCUGGAGCUGCCUGGAACGAACGAUGAGCUGAAAUGCUGAUUCCAAGCAGUUCUUUCAUGUUUAGUCCAUUUUCUGCAGGUAUUUGUGAACAUAAGUGCUCUGGGCAAGGUACGCACUAAGCUAGGGCUUGCAUAUCCAGGAGUACGUGUUCCUUCUUCCUUAGGCUGUUUCGGUUUGGGGAAAAGGGUUGUUUUUAACAUGGUUAACACUCUGCUUUGGAAGAUGAUGUAAGGUUAAGCAUAAGCUGUAUCCAUGGCUUCACAGCAUGACUGCUUUGAAAAAUAAAUAUUCUUGAUUAAUAACCAGUCUCCGUGGUUCUGUAACAGUAGAUGAAUAUACAGUGGCAGGCAUACAAUAUAAGUUGAAGGUAAAAUGACAGCAGGAAGAGGAAAUCAAAACACUCAUCCAUCACUUGACAACUUGAUUGCAGUCAUUGAUGAUAAAAAGGGAGUUUAUUUCCUUGAAUCUGUACUUCUAAACAUCACUGCUCUAGCAUUAUGUGAGGCUGAUAAACAUUUUCCUUUGCUGUUGUGACUUGAUGUGGAAAAAUGUGAUUUAUUUGGUUAACAUUUAACAAAUAUUACUCUAGAAAGAUGAAGGGAUGACAGGAGAUUUUUAUGUAGAAUUUCCUCCCCCAUCCUCCCUCAAUGUGGUUUUCAGAUUUUGGUCAGGCAUGGUCCAAGGUUUUUUUUAUAAUGAUGUUUUUUGUAUUAAAUUCUAAAAAGCUGGCCCUCAACCUCUGUGCUAAUGUGGUUUCAUAAUCAGCUGCAACUCUGAAAUGUGAAGUGUAGCACAGUCAAAUAGAAAAUGUCCAAUAAAACACUAGGUUGUGGAAUGAGAAACCAGUGGCAAGACCCCAGUAAUGAUUUUGGCUGCAUAAAACCUCCCAGCAUAGGAAAGGUGGUUACAUAGGUAACGUUCUGGGCAAGUCUUCCAAAAAUUGUGCUCCUCUGAAUCAGGCCUUCAGAUGGCUGAGGGAAGAUUGAAUCACAAGAGAAAGUGUGAGGAAGGCUGACCUGGUGCGAUCCAGCUGCCUCGCUAAGACGAAGCCGCCGUGAACGUACAGUGACGGUUCCCAAGCAGUGAAAUGGGAUUUCUGCUGCUUCCAAGCUGCCAGCCUGGCGCAGAACUGCCGAAGGCAUCAGGGAAGGGUUGACCCUGUAUCUGCAAGCCCUAGAGCACCAUUCCCCAUGGCUCCCACGUGAAACUGAGGCAGCUAUUUUUUAGAAGAAGUUGUGGGCCUGGUCCUAUGGUGCUUCUGGUGCUUCAUAUUUCCUGGCUAUUAGAGGGCUAUUUCCUGCCUCAGUAAAACUGAGGGCAGUGGUACGAUUAGUUCAUGUUAUGAGUGCUGUGUGGUCAUAGCUGUAUCGAUUGGCUUGGACCAUUCUCCUGAUUAAUGUCGAUCACGUUUCUUGAAAUUUCACAUGUCUUUAUUUCAUAAUUAUAAGCAUGAUCUGUUUUCUGUGUCUUCCAGUAAGUAGCUCCUGUGCCCUUCAGUGUACAGAUACUGGUUAUUAAUUGCACUUAAUGAGUAUCUCUCUCCUGCAGUGAGUUGUUCUGCACUGUUACACACUAUAGUGUGUCACAUAUCAUAACAUGAUUUAUAUAUGUAACACUCUUGAUGGCACUUAACAGCUGUAAAAAUGCAUGCAAAAAUGUUGACCUUGGUCUCAGGUAUAUAUUGGUUCUGCAGAAAGCAUGCAGUUUCUGGUGGCAAAUUUAAGUGAAUUACACAUAGCCUUCAUGACAAAUAAAACACACCAGUAACAGAA